CGAGCAGCCUCGGCUGCGGCGUCCGCAGCACCUCAGCGGCUGUUUUGCAACGGCUGAGCACAGGCGUGGGCGGGCCAGGGAGCCGUGGAGUUCUGUGCAGUCGCGGGCUCCCAGGGAGCGGACUAGGGAAACUUGAAGGCUACGACCAGGUGCACCGACCUCUCUCCUCCCUCCUCUCCUCGCCGUUGCCUUAGGGCCUCCCCUCCCUCUGGCCGCCACACACACCUCCCCUUCUCUGCCCGUCGGACCUCAGGUGCCUGGGAGGUGCUCCACUCCUCCCCCUGGGCCGAGCGUUGAGAGUAACACCGCCCCCUUCCCCCGCCCUUUCCUGCCCUGGAUCUCCGCCGCCACCUCCGUCUCGCGGCUGCCAGGCGGGGGGCUAGGACGAGUCCGGAGUGUCUGGGGUUUGGCGUUGUUGUCAGCCUCGGGGAGAGAGAUUGGACAAAUAUUCUCCAAGAGGAGGAGGGCGACGCCAAGGACUUUCCACAUCAACUGCUUUUGGGGUUUCUCCACAACUUGGAAGAGUGACCCUUCUCGUUUUGCGUUCCGUCUGUGUGCUUAAUACUCGUGCAGCGACUGCUGUCCCAGAGUAGCUCCGAGUUGUCCUCGUGAACUAGCAAUGGCUAGUGAAGACAAUAAUGUCCCUUCCCCGCCACCAACAGGUGAUGACGGGGGAGGUGGAGGGAAAGAAGAAACCCCUGUUGAAGGGGGUGCCUUGUCCCUGAAACCAGGGCUCCCCAUCAGGGGCAUCAGAAUGAAAUUCGCCGUGUUGACUGGGUUGGUUGAAGUUGGAGAAGUAUCCAAUAGGGAUAUUGUAGAAACUGUCUUUAACCUGCUGGUAGGAGGACAGUUUGAUUUAGAAAUGAAUUUCAUUAUUCAAGAAGGUGAGAGUAUCAUCUGCAUGGUGGACCUCCUUGAAAAAUGUGACGUUACUUGCCAAGCAGAAGUCUGGAGCAUGUUUACAGCCAUUCUGAAGAAAAGUAUACGAAAUCUUCAAGUCUGCACUGAAGUAGGCCUUGUUGAAAAAGUGCUUGGGAAAAUUGAAAAAGUUGACAAUAUGAUAGCAGAUCUUUUAGUUGACAUGUUGGGAGUGCUGGCUAGCUACAAUUUGACAGUUCGAGAACUAAAGCUGUUCUUCAGUAAACUUCAAGGAGAUAAAGGACAAUGGCCUCCACAUGCUGGGAAGUUGCUGUCUGUGUUAAAACAUAUGCCUCAAAAGUAUGGCCCCGAUGCCUUUUUCAACUUUCCAGGAAAGAGUGCUGCAGCUAUUGCAUUACCUCCUAUAGCCAAAUGGCCAUACCAGAAUGGUUUUACAUUUCAUACGUGGCUUAGAAUGGAUCCUGUAAAUAACAUCAAUGUGGAUAAAGAUAAACCAUAUUUGUACUGUUUCAGAACCAGCAAAGGUCUCGGUUAUUCUGCUCACUUUGUUGGGGGCUGUUUAAUUAUAACAUCAAUAAAGUCAAAAGGAAAAGGGUUUCAACACUGUGUGAAAUUUGAUUUCAAGCCACAAAAGUGGUAUAUGGUAACUAUAGUGCACAUUUAUAAUCGAUGGAAGAACAGUGAGCUACGAUGUUACGUGAAUGGUGAGCUUGCUUCCUAUGGAGAGAUAACAUGGUUUGUCAACACCAGUGAUACCUUUGACAAAUGUUUCCUGGGCUCAUCAGAAACAGCGGAUGCUAAUAGGGUAUUUUGUGGUCAGAUGACUGCAGUUUACCUUUUUAGUGAAGCUCUUAAUGCAGCUCAGAUUUUUGCUAUUUAUCAGCUGGGCCUGGGAUACAAGGGUACAUUUAAAUUCAAAGCAGAAAGUGACCUGUUCCUUGCUGAGCAUCACAAACUUUUAUUGUAUGAUGGCAAACUCUCUAGUGCCAUUGCAUUCACAUACAAUCCACGUGCUACAGAUGCCCAGCUCUGCCUUGAAUCAUCCCCUAAGGACAAUCCUUCAAUUUUUGUUCAUUCACCGCAUGCACUCAUGCUCCAGGAUGUGAAGGCAGUUUUAACACAUUCCAUCCAGAGUGCCAUGCAUUCAAUUGGAGGAGUACAAGUGCUGUUUCCACUUUUUGCACAGUUGGAUUAUAGGCAAUAUUUAUCUGAGGAGGUUGACUUGACUAUAUGUUCAACUUUGCUGGCUUUUAUCAUGGAGUUGUUGAAGAACUCAAUUGCUAUGCAAGAGCAGAUGCUUGCCUGCAAGGGCUUCUUGGUAAUAGGAUACAGUCUUGAAAAGUCUUCCAAGUCCCAUGUCAGCAGAGCAGUACUUGAACUUUGCCUUGCAUUUUCGAAAUAUCUGAGUAAUCUGCACAAUGGGAUGCCCCUACUCAAGCAGUUGUGUGAUCACAUUCUUCUUAACCCAGCUAUUUGGAUUCAUACCCCCGCCAAGGUUCAGUUGACUCUCUAUACUUACCUGUCCACGGAAUUCAUUGGCACAGUCAACAUAUAUAAUGCCAUUCGGAGAGUUGGAACAGUGCUUCUCAUCAUGCACACACUGAAGUACUACUACUGGGCAGUGAAUCCUCAGGAUCGGAGUGGUAUCACCCCAAAAGGACUAGAUGGGCCACGACCUAAUCAAAAAGAAAUACUUUCCCUACGAGCAUUCUUGUUGAUGUUCAUUAAGCAAUUAGUGAUGAAGGAUUCUGGAGUAAAGGAAGAUGAGCUACAGGCCAUCCUUAAUUACCUUCUCACUAUGCAUGAGGAUGACAAUCUAAUGGACGUUCUGCAGCUGCUCGUUGCAUUAAUGGCAGAACAUCCUAACUCUAUGAUACCUGCUUUUGACCAAAGGAAUGGGUUACGUGUUAUCUAUAAACUGAUGGCAUCAACAAGUGAAGGAAUCAGAGUACAAGCUCUAAAGGCAAUGGGUUAUUUUUUAAAACAUCUGGCACCGAAAAGAAAAGCUGAAGUCAUGCUUGGACAUGGAUUGUUUUCACUGUUAGCUGAAAGACUCAUGCUUCAGACAAAUUUAAUCACAAUGACCACAUAUAAUGUCCUUUUUGAGAUUCUUAUAGAACAGAUUUGUACUCAAGUAAUACAUAAACAGCAUCCAGAUCCUGAUUCUUCAGUAAAGAUCCAAAAUCCUCAGAUAUUAAAAGUAAUUGCGACCCUACUUCGAAAUUCUCCCCAGUGUCCAGAGAGCAUGGAAGUUCGCAGAGCCUUUCUUUCUGACAUGAUUAAACUUUUUAAUAACAGCAGAGAAAACAGAAGGAGCUUGCUGCAGUGUUCUGUGUGGCAAGAGUGGAUGCUUUCUCUCUGCUAUUUUAAUCCUAAGAAUUCAGAUGAGCAGAAGAUAACAGAAAUGGUAUAUGCCAUAUUCAGAAUCUUACUCUACCAUGCAGUCAAAUACGAAUGGGGUGGCUGGCGUGUGUGGGUAGACACCUUAUCAAUCACACAUUCAAAGGUCACUUUUGAAAUACACAAAGAAAACCUUGCCAAUAUAUUUAGGGAACACCGGGGACAAAUUAAUGAAGAAAUAGGACAGUGUUCUUCAAGUCCAGUUCAAGCAGUCUCUGGCAUGAGCAGGAGUGUUAAUGUUUCAGUAGGACCCCAGCAGUCAGAUACAAAGGAUUCUCCCUUGUCUUCUCAUAUCACCGGAAAUGGUGAUGAAAAGUCAAGUGUUGAGAAGACAAGUUCAGUAGAGUCUGCAUCCAGCGUUGAACUGCAAACUUAUAAUACAUCUCAUGAAGAAAGGAAAACUGGGCAAGAAAAUGAGGAGCUACUGGAUGAAGUCCCUUUAGAAGAAACACUGACAAAUGAAACAGUUAAUACAGGUGAUUUAGAAGUAUCUUCUGACAUAAUAGAAGCUGCGACUGUUUCCUCUAAUUCUUUUAAAACAACUGACAAAGAUACAAUGACUGUCAGUGAAGUAACUGCUUCCAUAAGUUCUCCUUCAGAAGAGGAUGCUUCAGAGGUGCCAGAAUUACUGGAUAAGUUAAUAGUAGAGGAAGAAGAUGAUGACGAUUAUGUAGAACUGAAGGUAGAAAGUAGCCCUACUGAGGAAGCCAGUCUGCCCACAGAGCUCCAGGAUAAUCGUUUGUCUCCAGCUGCAUCUGAAGCCAGUGAAAGACUUGAUGUGUUUAAUAAUGACCACAAAUUAAUAUUUCAAGAAGAAGAACCUGUAAGUAAGAAGCAAACUGACAUUGACACUCAAGACCCUAAAGAUUCUGGCAUCUUGACAAUGACAGCAUCGGGGUCUUCAGCUACCUCACCAGGCACUACUGCUUCCCAGACAACUGACCAGUCAGACUUUGGUCAGAUGCUGGAGGAAGGGGAGAAAACAGCUGACAUUGCCGGAGAAACCAAACUAAUUAGUGAGUCUCAUGGUAACAUACUCGAGUCUCCUACUACUUCUGAGCAGAGGAUUGCUAAGUUGGAUGUUUCCAGUGUUGCUACAGAUACUGAGAGACUGGAAUUGAAGGCUAGUGGAAACAUGGAAGCAUCUCAACCUCAUCAACCUGUGCUUGAGAUGUCAAGGCAGCAGGAGCAGCCAGGGCAAGGAAUUGCACCAGACACAGUUAAUGGGCAAAGGAGGGAUUCCAGAUCUGCGUUUCGUAUUCCUGAGUUCAAAUGGUCUCCGAUGCAUCAGCGUUUGCUCACUGAUCUCUUAUUUUCAAUAGAAACAGAUAUACAGAUGUGGAGAAGCCAUUCAACAAAGACAGUUAUGGACUUCGUGAAUAGCAGUGAUAAUGUCAUCUUUGUACACAACACAAUUCAUCUCAUCUCUCAAGUGAUGGACAAUAUGGUCAUGGCUUGUGGGGGUAUACUGCCAUUGCUUUCAGCUGCUACAUCGGCUACACAUGAGCUGGAGAAUAUUGAACCUACUCAAGGCCUUUCAGUAGAAGCCUCUGUGACAUUUUUGCAGAGACUAAUCAGUCUUGUGGAUGUGCUUAUAUUUGCAAGUUCUCUUGGCUUUACUGAAAUUGAAGCUGAAAAAAAUAUGUCAUCUGGAGGAGUUUUGCGGCAGUGUCUCCGACUGGGUGAGCUAUAUGUCAGUUUGUAUUUCAUGUACUUGAGUCCACUGGACAUUGUAACUGGUGGUAUAUCUCCAGUAAGAGAUUUUGAUAGGCUUCUGCAAGACAUGGAUAUUAAUCGGCUUAGAGCAGUUGUCUUCAGAGACAUAGAGGAUAGCAAACAAGCUCAAUUUUUAGCCUUGGCAGUUGUAUAUUUUAUCUCUGUUCUUAUGGUCUCGAAGUACAGAGACAUUUUGGAACCCCACAAUGAAAGGCAUAGCCAGUCAUUUAAGGAAUCUGGUAGUGAAAGUGGAAAUUUAUCACUCCCUGAUGUGGAAAGCUCACCAGCAGCAUCCAGCCCGUUAUCUCCGGCAUCAGUGGAGGAAUCGGGAAGCACAUCGUCUGCUCGAAGGAGGGACUCGGGCAUCGGGGAAGAAACAGCUACUGGUUUAGGAAGCAGUGUGAGUGUAGCUUCUCCUGUGGCACCUCCAAGUGUCAGUGCAGGCCCCGAUGCAAUCAGUGAGGUGCUGUGCACUCUUUCUUUAGAAGUCAAUAAAUCUCAGGAAACCAAAAAUGAUGGAGGAAAUGAGUUGGAUAACAAGGCUGCACCGUCAGUUCCAGUUUCAAAAAAUGUCAACGUGAAGGACAUUCUCCGAAGCUUGGUUAACAUACCAGCAGAUGGAGUCACAGUGGAUUCUGCCCUCCUGCCACCAGCCGGCCUUGGAGCUCUUGGCGAUCUGUCUGUUGAACAACCUGUGCAGUUCAGAUCUUUUGACAGAAGUGUCAUCAUUGCAACAAAAAAAUCGUCAGCCUUACCUUCCACACUUUCUACAAGUAUACCUACCAAUGCUGUUAGUGUGGUGUCUUCAGUAGAUUCAGCCCAAGCCUCAGAUGUGGGAGGAGAAUCACCUGGUGGUAGAUCAUCUAAUGCAAAAUUACCUGCGGUUCCAACAGUUGGUUCAGUUCCACAAGACCAAGUUUCAAAUAUGAGUAUUACAGAGAGGCUCGAACAUGCUUUGGAAAAGGCAGCUCCUCUUCUGCGAGAGAUUUUUGUAGAUUUUGCACCUUUUCUUUCUCGGACACUUUUGGGUAGCCACGGACAAGAACUGCUUAUAGAAGGAACAAGUCUGGUUUGCAUGAAGUCUAGUAGUUCAGUUGUGGAGUUGGUUAUGCUGCUGUGUUCUCAGGAGUGGCAGAAUUCUAUUCAGAAGAAUGCUGGCCUUGCUUUUAUUGAACUUGUCAAUGAAGGAAGGUUGCUUAGCCAAACAAUGAAGGAUCAUCUGGUAAGAGUAGCAAAUGAAGCUGAAUUUAUCCUGAGCAGGCAGCGAGCAGAGGAUAUUCACAGACAUGCGGAAUUUGAGUCACUGUGUGCCCAGUAUUCUGCAGACAAACGAGAAGAUGAGAAGAUGUGUGACCAUUUGAUAAGAGCAGCUAAAUAUCGAGACCAUGUGACAGCAACUCAGCUAAUCCAGAAAAUUAUCAACAUUCUCACAGACAAGCAUGGAGCCUGGGGAAAUUCUGCAGUGAGUCGUCCUCGUGAGUUCUGGCGCCUCGACUACUGGGAAGAUGACUUGCGGCGCCGGCGACGAUUUGUGCGUAACCCUCUUGGAUCGACACAUCCUGAAGCGACACUAAAAACAGCCGUGGAACAUGCUGCAGAUGAAGAUAUCCUUGCUAAAGGAAAACAGUCCAUCAAGAGUCAGGCUUUAGGAAAUCAGAACUCAGAAAACGAGAUCCUCCUGGAAGGUGACGACGAUACUCUGUCAUCCGUGGAUGAAAAAGAUUUAGAGAAUCUCACCGGCCCUGUUAGCCUGAGCCACCAGCGUCUGGAAACGCGAGCGGAUCUUGCGCGCCGAGAGGUAGCCGGACGCUGUGAUGAACUCGACCCAGAGAGACAUGCUCCGCUUCCGCCCAUCGCUCAGUUUGAGCACCGCGCAGCCGGGCAGCGAGCCGUCGUCCACGAAGUUGAAGACGCCCAUCUGCACGUCCGAGACCACCUUACAGACCUCUCGGAUGGUCUUGGCGAUGGCCGCCUUGCGCGCUUGGCAGCGCUCAGUGUAGUAUUUAUUGAGCUGGUAGACCAGCUUGGCCUGAGCGGCGAUCAUGUUGGGGCACAGACUGGUAGCACGUCUUCAUUCGGCUUAGUCGGAUCUUUUGCCAGGGGUCUGUCUUUAGUGGCCAGGAGUUGGGAAGAACAGUUGGCAGUCAGUGUCCGCGAAACUCUGGGACGCGACCUUCAGUCGACUUCUCGGGAGUGGCGGAGACUUGGGGCGGCUGUGGGCUCCAGUGGGCUCCAGCCUUCUUGGGGUGUGCGGCUGGCUUCGGGACCUGGGCUGCAGGAGGGUGGAGCGGGGGCCCGGCUCCUGCAGGCUUCGCGCGCGUGGGACGCCCAGACUCUGUCCGCCAUCCUGCCAUUGGCCGCGAGAUCAGGCCGGCGCUCCGGGCAGGAGGGGCACUUGGCGGCAGGGAGUUUCGUGAACCGCCGGGUGGCCACCACUUCAUCGCCCCUGGUCGGGGAGCGGCUGAGGCCUCGCGCGUGGAGCUGCCGGCCCGGGCUCCUGGCAGCGUUUACAGAAAGCCCCGGGGGUGACCACGGUGUCGUCCCUCCUCCGCGCCUGGGCCCGCGCGCUCUCUUCUCGGGUGGGGCGGCCCAAGCGGCGCGGAUCUUCGCACCACCACUCAUCCUGGCAUAUACAGAAGGGCUGCAUGGAAAAUGGCUGUUCACAGAGAUACGAUCAAUCUUUUCUCGUCGUUAUCUUUUGCAAAAUACAGCCUUGGAGAUCUUUAUGGCAAACAGAGUUGCUGUGAUGUUCAACUUCCCAGACCCUGCAACAGUGAAGAAAGUGGUUAACUAUCUACCUCGUGUUGGUAUUGGAACCAGUUUUGGAUUGCCUCAAACCAGGCGUAUCUCAUUAGCGAGUCCACGUCAACUUUUUAAAGCUUCUAAUAUGACCCAGCGAUGGCAACACAGAGAGAUUUCAAAUUUUGAAUACUUGAUGUUUCUCAACACAAUAGCAGGACGGAGUUACAAUGAUUUAAAUCAGUAUCCAGUGUUUCCCUGGGUCAUUACUAAUUAUGAAUCAGAAGAACUGGACCUUACUUUGCCAAGUAACUUCAGAGAUUUGUCCAAGCCAAUAGGAGCUUUGAAUCCAAAAAGAGCAGCAUUCUUUGCAGAGCGUUAUGAAUCCUGGGAAGAUGAUCAAGUUCCAAAGUUCCACUAUGGUACUCAUUACUCAACUGCAAGUUUUGUUCUUGCAUGGCUGCUAAGAAUAGAACCUUUCACAACUUAUUUCCUAAAUUUGCAAGGAGGGAAAUUUGACCAUGCAGAUCGAACUUUUUCAUCAAUUUCUAGAGCUUGGCGAAACAGUCAGCGUGAUACAUCUGAUAUUAAGGAGUUGAUCCCUGAAUUUUAUUAUCUCCCUGAGAUGUUUGUCAACUUCAAUAAUUACAAUCUUGGAGUGAUGGAUGAUGGGACAGUGGUGUCUGAUGUUGAGCUUCCUCCUUGGGCCAAAACCUCAGAAGAAUUUGUUCGCAUAAACAGAUUGGCCCUGGAGAGUGAAUUUGUUUCCUGCCAGCUUCACCAAUGGAUUGAUCUCAUUUUUGGCUAUAAACAGCAAGGACCAGAGGCUGUUCGAGCCCUCAAUGUGUUUUAUUACCUGACCUACGAAGGAGCUGUCAAUCUGAAUGCAAUAACUGAUCCUGUAUUGAGAGAGGCUGUCGAAGCUCAAAUCCGAAGUUUUGGGCAGACACCUUCUCAACUCCUGAUAGAGCCACAUCCUCCCCGAGGGUCAGCCAUGCAAGCGUAUCUCCUCCUGCAGAGUCCGUUGAUGUUCACAGACCAAGCUCAGCAGGAUGUUAUCAUGGUCCUAAAGUUCCCCUCCAACUCCCCCGUCACUCAUGUGGCGGCCAACACCCAGCCUGGGCUGGCAACUCCUGCUGUGAUCACCGUCACUGCUAACAGGCUGUUUGCCGUCAACAAGUGGCACAACCUUCCUGCUCAUCAAGGUGCUGUACCAGACCAGCCAUACCAGCUGCCAGUGGAAAUCGAUCCUCUCAUAGCCAGCAACACAGGAAUGCAUAGGAGGCAAAUCACCGACCUUUUAGACCAAAGUAUUCAAGUCCAUUCCCAGUGCUUUGUCAUCACUUCGGACAACCGCUACAUUCUCAUCUGCGGCUUCUGGGAUAAGAGUUUCCGCGUCUAUUCUACAGACACAGGAAAAUUGAUCCAAGUGGUAUUUGGCCAUUGGGAUGUCGUCACUUGCCUCACUCGUUCUGAGUCAUAUAUCGGGGGAAAUUGCUACAUUCUCUCAGGGUCACGUGAUGCAACCCUUCUGCUCUGGUACUGGAAUGGAAAAAGCAGUGGGAUUGGAGAUAACCCAGGCAGUGAGACCGCCGCCCCGCGGGCCGUUUUGACGGGCCACGACUGCGAGGUCACCUGUGCUGCCGUCUGUGCUGAGCUGGGCCUGGUGUUAAGUGGUUCUAAAGAAGGACCAUGUCUCAUACAUUCCAUGAAUGGAGACUUGUUGAGGACUUUGGAGGGCCCUGAAAACUGCCUGAACCCAAGACUCAUUCAGGCUUCAAGAGAGGGUCACUGUGUCAUAUUCUAUGAAAAUGGCUUCUUCUGUACAUUCAGUGUGAACGGAAAACUCCAGGCCACCAUGGAAACUGAUGACAACAUAAAGGCCAUCCAGCUGAGCCGGGACGGGCAGUACCUGCUCACGGGAGGAGACAACGGUGUGGUCGUGGUCUGGCAGGUGUCUGACCUCAAGCAGCUCUUUGCCUAUCCAGGCUGCGACGCCGGGAUCCGGGCCAUGGCCCUGUCCUAUGACCAGAGGUGCAUCAUUUCUGGCAUGGCCUCGGGAAGCAUCGUCCUGUUCUACAACGACUUUAACCGGUGGCACCACGAGUACCAAACCCGCUACUGAGGGAGGCGGCUGUGCCUCAGCCUCGCCCCCCCCCCAGGCAGGGGGCGCACCCCGAGCCUCAAACAGCUAUCACACCUGAAUGUAACUUAAAUUUGCUCUAAGAAGCAAAAUAUUUUUUAAAGUUAAUUGCUAUUUUUGUAGACUUUGCUUGACUUUUUUGGGGGGGAUGGCAAAGCAGAAAACUGGCUGCUGGGUUCUGUAGUUUUAAAAAAAUCUAUAUUUUUAGUCAUAACAAGAAGUCUAUUUUCACCAAUUAUGGAAAUAUACAGUGGGCAAGUAAACCCACUUAUUUUAGUUAUAUUAUGGGAAAAAACACUUCCCAUUUACCUGCACUCUCGAGAAAUGUAUGAUCGUAACAGUAGGGACCUGGGUUAUGACACUGGGAUGAGGGAAUGUUAUGCUGUACUUUGGCUCCUGUAUUUUUCCAGACAAUUGUGCUUCUGCAGCAGUGAAAUUUCUGGGAUUUAAAUAGUAAUGUUUAAAUUAUGGUAAAUGUAAUUUAAAACAUCUCAAAUUAUUUCUGUCAAUAUUAUUCUUCAAGCAUGUCUUAGACCUAGAACAUUACGGUUUGGGGGAGGCUAUUUUAUUUUACUGCGUGGGUAACAUAAAGGAUCUACUGUUGUAGCAAGUGUGAAAUAUUUACAGUGUUUUCCUCAUCUGUCCUCUUCUUAGCACACCAAAAUGUGAAAUGAUGGAAAUGCUCUGGGGCUCACAACCUUUGUUUUUCUUUCUUUUAAAGUAAAUGUAAGUACCAAAGCUCCCCCCCGAGGGCCGGCCGUGCCCGCGCCCUUGCUGGGGCUCCCCCCGCCCCGGGUCCCAGAACUGAGGCUCCCGUGUGCUAUAUUGAGCAACACUUGUUUUACAAUCUUCACCUUCCUUUUGAUUAGCAAUUUGUACUAAGAAAAUGUUAUUUUGGUGUUGUAUAAUUCUACUUUUCUAGUAGAUUGCUGUGUGGAAUUCUGUGAAAAAUAUUUGAGAAAAGGUCUGUAUUGCAUUAAUAAAUUCUUUGUAAGUUGUGAACUCUUAGAUGAAACUGA